AUGCCAAGUAUGUACGGCUGGGGUGGAAUCAACUUUACAUAUGUGAAGAGAUUGUCCUGCGAUUUCAGGGAUAUGGAGACGCAUUGUGCCGAGGAUAGGGUGAAGUUCAUGAAGGAUUAUACAAAGGAAGUGAGCCAAAUAAUGUUGAGAAGCGAUAAUGGGAGGUCAGUAGUGAGGGAGGAGAGACUGAUUUCGUGGCUGCCUCCACAGGCGAAUUGGAAGAAGUUGAACACGGAUGGGGCUUCACGUGGUAACCCAGGACUGGCUACGGCAGGAGGGGUAAUUCGUGAUGGCGAGGGACAAUGGUGUUGUGGUUUUGCUUUGAAUAUUGGUCACUGCACCGCACCAAUGGCGGAACUAUGGAGAGUUUAUUAUGGCUUAUGCAUUGCUUGGGAGAAAGGGAUUACGAGACUAGAAGUCGAGGUGGAUUCUUUAAUGGUGGUCGGCUUUCUUCAUACAGGGAUUUGUGAUACACACCCUCUGUCUUUCCUGAUACAUUUGUGCCAUGGCUUCUUAACGAAGGAUUGGGAGGUCCGGGUUACUCACGUGUAUAGGGAGGCCAAUCGUCUAGCUGAUGGACUGGCUAACUAUGUGUUUACUUUGCCACUAGGGCUACAUACUUUUGAUUUCAUUCCCUCGGUUUUGUUAGAUGUUUUUCGUGAGGACGAGCGUAGUGAAACUCGCGUUCACGGCAAGUCCGUUUGUAAAACUUUCUUUCGCUUUGAAUAA